AUGUCCUCGAAUAUCCGCGUCUUCGUGCAAUGGAAGAACUCGACCGUAUUCGCCGGCGAAGACAUUGAGUGCACAAUUACUUUUAAGAAUACGGCCCUGCCUGAGGGACGCGACAAAUCGCCAAUUCGAAAGGCAAAUGGCUUUGCGCCGGGUGGGGAACGCCAGCGCAAGCUGCCCCCCGUCCACUCGUCCACACGGCCAUCUGUCUCUCGCAAUUCCUCCUUUACCUCUCUCGGCGGCCCGGCACAAUACCUGCGUGGCCAUCGACCGGCUCUAUCUGUACAAACGGCAUCCUCGAUUGGCGACCGCAAUAGAUCGCCCCAACCCCACAGCGGAGCAUUCAACAAUGGGAGCGCAACGCCCAAACACAAACAUGGACACGGAAAGUCGUUGUCGAUAAUAUCUUUGGGAACGGAUGCGGCUACAGAUAUUAGCCACGAACGGUCAGCUUCAGCAGCGCGACGCCCGAUGCGCGGUCAUGGCCGAUCCGCAAGCCUCCAGGUUGUGCCGGGCCGGCCAAGUCCUUUCCCAGUCACGUCACCUGGACACCGUUCUGUGACGCAUUACUCCCCACGCUCCGGCGGAGGCUCUCCGCCAACUAUACACGAACCUUUCCACGACUCUUCCUUGCCGGCGCGAUCUGCUCAAAGACAAUCCGGCGCAGCUACCGGCCCAAACACGCCUGCCCUCCGCAACGGCUCACGAAAACCAUCCGGAUCUUUCUCGCAAAACUUCAAAUUCCCCGCCUCCCCUCCGCCGAAUGGCCCCUCGCCAGAGCGCCCCGACGAAAAUGACGCCGCAGCCAACGUAAGGGCGCAGUCGUCUCCCAAACGUGAUAUAUCUCCUGGAUUCCCUCCCGAAUCGCUAUCAAAACAGCCUACCGAUAAUUUGUCCCCGAUAGCACGAAUAUUGUCAGGGUCCAGUAUGAAUGGAACCCCAAGGAGCAGCGGGGAGUUCUAUUCACAGAGUAACAAUUCUACCGAGACGUUGGCGUCAGAAUACGUAGUACCUCAGACUGCGCGCCUUCUUCCGAGAGUAUUCCACCAGCGACGGCAAUCACAAUUGGUUCCGCCGAACCAAAGGACUCAGCCUGAAACUCUGAUGAUGGGCUACGCUCAAGUCAUGGGGUCUUUCACGUUAGAUGGGUCGCUGAUCAAUCAGGCACCGUUCGAGGAAGUCAAGAGAAAGGGAGUUGUGGGCGGACAAGGCGGAGGCGGCGUCGUUGGUGUCGAACGCACGAAGCGCGAGAGUGGCUUGUUCGGUGCACUCGGCUGGUCAAAUAUCGGCGAAUCCAUAGGAGGAUUGCUAGGUGCUUCUGAACCAUCGAGCAUUCGAGAAAUGAGAGGGAUCGCGAACUCAAAAACCGUGCCGUUAAUUACUACGCCACAGUCGAUCUUGUUUGUCGAUCUGCAGCUGGCUCCAGGCGAAAGUCGUAGCUACACCUAUAGUUUUACAUUACCACGGGGCUUGCCUCCAACGCACAAGGGACGGUCGAUGAAGGUUGUUUACCACCUCACAAUCGGUACUCAACGGCCGGGGUCGGCACGAGAUCAACAAGUGAAGCAUGUCGAGAUACCCUUUCGUGUCUUUGGCAGCGUCAAUAGCCGUGGAGAGAUACUGGGGCAUGACUUGAUGUCUCCGUAUAUCAUCCUUCGGGACCAAGCUCGAACCUGCGCCGUCAAUCCCGAUUCAACAAGCAGUUCUCCUUCCAAAAAGCCAUCCACCCGAACAAACCAAGACACAGCCAACUUUACCGAAUUCCUAGAUUACGUAGACAAUCUCCUCGACCGCCCCCGGCAAAACUCAUCGAUGGGCCUCCUCUCCCCCACCGAAACCAUCCCCGGCCGCUCCUCCUCCCUACUCGACGAACCGCACACCAUGAAAGAAUCCAUCGAUCUCGUCAUCCUGCGCAGCAAUCUCACCGGCACAACAAAUCAAUCCGCAAACCGCUUCGAAAUUGCCCGUAGCGGGCGCCGCGUCGCUGUCAUCAUGCUCGCACGCCCCGCAUACCGUCUUGGCGAAACAGUGUCCGCGGUAAUUGAUUUUACUAAUGCUGAUAUUCCUUGCUACUCGCUGCAUGUCUCGCUCGAGACGUCUGAGAAAGUCGACCCAGCGAUUGCAUUGAGGAGUAACGCAUCUAUACACCGCGUCACCCGUAAAGUGCACGCCUCCUUCUCCGAGAACGCCCUUUUCGCGCAGCGCUUAUCCUUCUCGCCUACUAUCCCUCCUUCCGCAACUCCAGACUUCAUUACCAGCGGCGUGAGUCUUGAGUGGAAGAUCCGCGUGGAGUUCAUCACGCCGAGACUCUUGCAUGAGGAUGGGGAACAAGCGUAUUGGGAUGAUCUCCUGGAGGAAGUGGAGAGCGGUGAGAGGGGCAUCGUUUUGGCGGCGGCGGAGAGGCUGCCCGCGGAGAGCUUCGAGGUUAUGGUCCCGGUGAGGGUAUAUGGGGCUUUUAGUGUGGUGGAGGACGACGGGGAUGAAGAGGGGUUGCCUGUGUGA